AAUACAAACAGAUUGGAACUCAGACAUCUACUCUAUUCGUAUUAGUAGCUGGUGAUAAGAUUGCCCGUUACCGACCUAAACGCUCCGCCAACAUAAACCUUAGAACCUUGAGGUUUGUCCCUUGGGAACAGCUAACCUAUAGUGCAUAUAGGAUCCGGUUCGUCACACACGGCCACUCUGACCAACAUACAGUUACUUUAACAGGGAUUAUUGCGCUGUUCUGCACGAGAUAUAGCUACUCUGACCAACAUGCAGUUACUUUGACAGGGUUUUGGCUGCUGGCGACUCAGCGAAAAUUAAUCCCUCAACGCACUUUGUCUUAUAACAAAAGUCCUAACAACACAGUGGAAGGCUAAGAAAGACAGCAAGGUAUUAAAACCAGAACAGAUAGCAAGGUCCGAACGGGACUACGAAUUGAUUAAUAUAAAUAGAGCAGCCUUCUCCUACCUGCAGAACGACAAGAUACACAGAGCCUUUACAGCAAUCCUUAAUGCCCAUACUUCGUUAUCCUGCCAAAGAUAAUAAUAUCGUAUCGCCCAACAUGCAAGCCAACCUCUUUAAAAUCCUUGCUAUCACCGCCGCGUUUUCAACGGUGCAGUCCGCCCCAGUAGAGACUGCUAAGGGCCAGGUCACCCAGGGGCAGGUCAACGGAACUCAGACCAAUGAGACUUACAUCAACGAGGCUCAUGUCAACGUAGUACCUGCCCCGCAGCAGAUCUGCUAUAGGGGGGUAGCUCCUCAUAUCAGCACAAGAGAGAGGGAGGGAGAUAUUUUCGCGCGGGCUUGCAGGGAUUAUUCCUGCUACACAAGCUCUCAGUGUAUUAAAUGGGGAUGUGCUGAAUGCAAUCUUCACUUUGACACGUGUGGCAAUUCAUGGACGUUAUGCUAUUAGCGUACCAGUCGGAUGCCCGCUAAGGCGUUCAUAGGGGCAAGCAAAGCUGCGUUCGAUCAGGGGGUCAUCCAGUUCGAUUGCUGUAAGCUAGUUUGAUUAGGC